AUGAAUAAGAUAUGGGUUGCUUUCGCAGUGUUAGGCGCAAUAUCCUUUCUACCUGUAAACGGCCGGAUCGUUAAGCGAAGCUACUCGGACCAGAGCGUUCGCGGAUAUCUGACAGAGCGAACAUGUUGGUGGAACGAGGUUUGCAAGGAGGAAUUCCAACAGCUUUUCCGCUGCAAAUGCCCUCAGUGGUCCUACUGCAGAUCACCUGGACGAUACUACAAUGCCUACUGCUCCAUGACCAAUACGGGAUACAUCUGGACGCAGCCCACGUGGGAUUGGGAGGCUGCCUAA